GGAGAGCAGCAGUUAUCCUUUCUUACUUAUCCUUUCUUACUUUAUUUCUUUUUUUUUUUUUCCUGAGCCGAAAUGUUUCUGAGUUUUCCGUGAGGACAUUUACGAAACGUUUGGACGGAUUUGAGGCCAAUAUGUUAAGAAACUGUGCAGCAGUGUCAGCCAUCCAGGGACCAGGAGAGGGUGGAGAUUUCAGGCGCUAACCGGCCUGCUGUGCUCUCCGAUAAGGGUGGCACCGCACUGGCUGCUGGCAUGCUUCGCAAGAGCAGCAGCAGUGGUAGUGGUGGGAUUAAGCACUCCCAGGAUCUGCUAAGAUACCUUUCCAAGCCCCACGCAGGAUCUCUAUCAUCUGUAUCCACCAAGACUUUAGAUAUGGGCCGCAACUCCAAAACCUCCGAUCCUCUGACCAGCAUUGAGCUCACGUCUCGCCUGGUGGGCGCACCAGGAGUGGACCCUGAGUACAUUAUGCAGCUUGUGAGUGAUGUUCGGUGGUUUGCUGAUGUGCUGCUCAACCUCAAGGAGGCUUUCCAGUGUAAAGACAGCCAGGAGGAAUGUCUUCAAGAGAUAGUACAGGAACGUCUGGCGGAGUUACUCCGCGUCCUCAAGGCCGUCAUUGGCAAGCACCAGACCCUCAACUCUGUAGACAUCUUGGGAGCGGCUGGUACAGUCAUCGCGAAGGUCAAAGGCAUCAACUUCAAGGAAGUGAACCUGGGGAACAAAAAGGCUUUAUUUGGCGAGAUACACAAAUCCAUCGACACUUUGGCAUUCACAUUCGGCAAUGUAGUUUCUGACUUCCUUAUGGGAGAUGCAGACAGUGGCUCAGGGUUGGGGAUCCCCCAGACCAGGAGAACCAGGUCUUUUGAGAAUCUCUCCGUGGAUCCGGAGGAAUAUGUUUCAGAGAAAUGUCAUCUUGUUGGUUCAGAUGUGCCUCUGUCACGCGAGGAGGAAGUUGACUUGUCUCUGCUGAAGAAUGACAGUGGGGUGGAGUCUGCGCUACUCUAUGCCAAGGCCUGGUCAAAAUAUAUCAAGGAUCUUCUGUCCUGGAUGGAGAAACGGCUGGCUAUGGAUGCUGAAUAUGCUAAAAGUUAUGUUAAAAUGGCAGAAUCUGCAAAGAUACUUGCAAGUCAGCAGGACUACAUGCCAUUUAGUGACAUCUACGUUUCAGCAUUCAAGAAUGACACUGAAUACAACCAACUGCUGAUUCAAACUGCAGUGGCUCUUCAAACGAAUAAAUUCAUACAGCCUCUGUUGGCUCGCAAGAAUGAGUUAGACAAGCUGAGGAAAGACAUCAAGGAGCAGUGGCAGAGAGAGCAAAAGAAAAUGCAAGUGGCAGAAGCAAGUGUGCAUAAGGCGAAAGCGCUGGAGGCCCAGCGGCGAGAGGAGUUCCAGAGAGCCUACUCAAAUACCGGUCGCUCCCAGGAGGAAAACUCUACUGCUGGUAACAAACAGCUGGAGAAGAGGAGGAGGUUGGAGGAGGAGGCCCUGCAUAAGGCUCAGGAGCAGUACCAGAGCUGUUUGGCUGACGCGGGCGUCAGAAGAAUGGAUCUGGCCAACGCCAAGAGAACCAUCCUCACACAGAUCCGAGAGAUGGUGUUCCAGUGUGACCUCACGUUCAAAGCUGUGACUGUGAACUGGUUCCAGAUGCAGCAGAUCCAGACGGUGUCGCUCCCCGCCCACUACCAGGCUCAGAGCCAGAGCGCCAAGCUGUACGAACCCGGCGAAUGUUAUUCCGAGUUUGUCCGCAACAUCACCAAAGAUCUGCAUAAAGAGUGUGCACAUUCUGAUUCAGUCUCCUCUGACAACACCAGGUUUUCAUUUAAUAAACGGUCAGUGGGCAGCAUCCAUUCUUCCCACGGCAACCUCUCACAGGGAUCCAUCACCUCCUGUGACGUGCUGAGCGGCGAUGAAGUGGACAGCCCUUUUCACUCCCGGCAUGCAAAGAUCAGGGAGCAGCGAUCCAACAGCGGCACAGACAUACCAGCGUUGAGAAGCCAAGUCCCUCUGAGGACCUGGGCCUCCGGGAGCCCCGGGAGCCAGGGAGGGAUGUGCAGCGACUCCGAGAGUGCUGGAGGCAGCAGCGAGUCAAGAUCUAUGGACUCCCCCACUGCCAGCCCUGGUGACUUUAAAAGAAGGCUGCCCAGAACCCCUUCCACUGGUACCAUGUCCUCUGCAGAUGACCUGGAUGAGAGAGAGCCACCAUCGCCCUCAGACAACGGUCUGGCAGAAAUGGUGAUGGAAACAGCCAGUUCUCCCGGACCCUUCCGAAAUGCUCUGAUGUCGAAAGCUGCUCAAACUCAUAAGUUGAGGAAACUACGCGCCCCUUCCAAGUGCAGGGAGUGUGACAGUCUGGUUGUUUUCCACGGAGCUGAGUGUGAGGAGUGUUCCUUGGCCUGCCACAAGAAGUGUCUGGAGACACUUGCUAUCCAGUGUGGACAUAAGAAGCUGCAGGGCCGACUACACCUGUUUGGCAUUGACUUCGCACAAGUAGCGAAGAACAGCCCAGAUGGUAUCCCUUUUAUCAUCAAGAAGUGCACGUCUGAGAUCGAGAGUCGAGCAAUAAACAUCAAGGGCAUUUAUCGUGUGAAUGGUGCCAAAUCACGAGUUGAGAAGCUUUGUCAAGCGUUUGAGAAUGGGAAGGACUUGGUUGAGCUGUCUGAGCUCUCACCUCAUGACAUCAGCAAUGUUCUGAAACUUUACCUGAGACAGUUACCCGAACCUUUGAUCCUCUACCGAUACUACAAUGACUUCAUCGGCUUGGCCAAAGAGUGCCAGAGAGCGAUUGUGGAAGAGUCCAACACAGCUCAGAGUCCUGGGACAGUGGGACCCAGCAUCCGCGUCAACAGAGUCAUCUUCAAAAUCCGAGAUUUGUUUCACAAACUGCCUACAGCCAACUACAGGACUCUGUGCUACCUUAUGGCACAUCUACACAAAGUGUCUGAACACGCGGAGGAGAACAAGAUGACAUCAAGUAACCUGGGUAAUUUUGGCCCCACACUGGUGAAGCCGCAACAGACUGACGCCGAGGUGUCUCUGUCCUCCCUGGUGGACUACCCCUACCAGGCCUUUUUGGUGGAGCUGCUGGUGCGACGCUUUCAUAUCAUCUUUGACGCGUCUCCGCUGUCGGGCUCCAACGUCAAUACGACAGCUCAGGCGUCUCCUAAACUCACGCCCCAAGAGAAGGUGCAGAGGCUGAGCCGACACUCCGCCUCCCUGACCGACAUCAAAGAGAGUACCAAAGUCUACAAGAGAUACUCAUCGGUGAUCCCGUCCUCACACAUCCUGGAUGAUGUAAAAGAGGUUCAGCCUGGAACGCACAGAGCACAAGUGUCCACACCAGACAGUCUGAAUGGGAUUGAGAAAUCUACUGAUGGAGAACUGCAGAGGUCGCCCUUGUUUGGUUCUGCAAACACCACAGGGUCCUCCACGACUGCAGCACCAAAGGUCCAGCUCCGCCCUCAUCGUAUUAAACACGUGUCCCGGCCAAUCAGCAUGCCUCUAGAACGCCUGCCUGCCCCUGUGCAGAUCGCCGAGGGCAACUACCAGAACUGUGCGUCGACUGCAAAACAGGACCCUGUUGUUGAAACGAUACACGAGCUAGACGAGCCGGAUAAGACCCGGCGCAGCGGCUCGUCCAGGGUUAGCACCUACUACGUCGCACCGUUUAUCGACACACAGACAAUGCAAAGGAGGGCGUGGGACAGGAAGUACAGGCAUUAUGAUGUCACACCCAGGACUGCCAUGAUCGUUGCCAACCUCUCCUCUUCCAGCUCGGGAGUGCAGCCCGUAAAGGCAGCCGUGGCCGACACCGCGAACCCAGUCGCAGCCUCUGAACGCCACAUCACAAGUAGCAUCAGUACUGUUCUCCCCAACCAACCGUACACGAUAACCGUCAAACCUCUCUGGAAUUUUAAAAGGGAAAACGACAAUGAGAGUUCAUUUCAUAGCUCGAGCAGCCUGCCGAACCUUCCGAUUAUACUCAGGGCACCCAGGACUCUGCAGCCUCCACCUGGAACCUUCUACAAGCCUCCAGCGCCCGUAAGCAGCACGGCUGGCAUGCUUACAAACUGGACUACCGCUACCACCUCCACCACUGCCGCCCACCCCACUCAGGUAGACGCCCCAAUCCCCCAACAGGCUCCUCUCCAGACCCAGGACUCCACCGACAGUGCCAUUGAUCCCGGGUUCUUGACCUCUUCUACCCUUUCACCCCCACAGUCGCCACCCCUGAGCAGCCCAGAUGACCUCAGCCCCAGUGAGACUAAGCUUGUGUACCAAAGACUACGUUCUCAGCAGCCGCAAGAGCCCGAACACAGAGAGGCUCAUUUUGUCUGAACAUACCCCCCCCCCCCCCC